CCUUAACAGACAGCGACCUAUAAAGAGUGAAAUAUUUCUUCACUGUAAGAAGUCAGUCUAACUCUUGUCUGAUCGGCUUUUUCACAACACAAUACGAGAGGAUCAUUAGAAGCUUAGAGGACAAACAUGGCUUCAUCUUCCUCGUCUUCAGUUACUUCUCCUCUGCACGUGCUAGUAUGCGGAGUCCCAGGUGUGGGGAAAACGACCUUCUCGCGUGAGCUCGCCCAACGCCUUGGCUUGCGCCAUGUGGAAAUUUCCAGAGUAGUGGAGGAACACAGCCUGUUCUGCAGUGAUGAGGGCUCCCGUGGGCGGGAUGAGGCGCGAAACUGUAGUAUCUUCGACGAGGAAAAAGUAGCGGACUGGCUAGACGAAAACUGCGGGCCAAAUUUCUCGUCUUCCGCCUCUUCUUCUUCUGCUCUACAACAAGCAAGUUCUGAAAGAACCCAGAACAACCACAAGGCUUCCAUUUUCGGUGGUUGUGUCUUCGAUUUCCACUCCGCGGCCUUGUUCGAUUUGUGCCGGGAGGUCCAGAUCUCCCUAGUGGUGGUGCUCCAUGCGGACACCAGCGAGCUGGGUCGCCGACUCGAGCGUCGUGGCUAUUCCGAAAGCAAGAUCCGCGAAAACAUUGAGUGCGAGAUCUUCCAAGUCGUCACUGAGGAAGCGCACGAGACAUUCGGCACCAAGGGAGGCAGACAAAUGAUGGACACCUCAGAUUCGGAAGGGGAGGACGAUGAAGACGACAGCGACGAAGACGAAGACAUGGAUCAAGCUAAUGUUAAGGCAUCUCUAUAUACAGAUCCUUUAUCUACAUAGAUACAUUUCUUUUUACUUUUCCUAGUUAGGUUGGCUCCACCCAUACAUUAAGGGUAGGAAGCUUAAAGGUGCUUUUGUUACCGUUUGUUAUGGCUCUCCUAAGGGAGAGAGGCAUAACAAACGGGAUAAACGAGCACCAAAAGCCUACCUCUAAAUACACUUCAUUUCCACAAGACAUCUCUUCUUAUUUCCUCCUUCUAGGAUAAUUGCGAUUUUUGGAAGAAAUGCUCUAAUAAUUCUGCUGGUUCACCACGUUCAGGAAAGAAGAAACGGCAAGAGGUUGAAAUUCUAGACCUGCACAAUGAUUCCUUAGAGCAGAUGGAGACCCACUUGAAGACUGUGCUGGAGAAGUGCAACCUUCUGCAUGCAAAGCAGAAAGAAAGCACAUCUGCAAUUGGCGGCGCGUAAGGAGCAAUGCUUAGUUAGUACUUUGUACUUAAGUACUAGCUUGUUGUAAAUGUAAUAAAUCCAUUUCUUCAGAGAUGAUCAUGAUUUGAUGAGGCUCCAUCUUGUGCCGGGUGAUUCGCGAUUUAGGAUUUUUCAAUAUGUCGCGAUGACCAGACAAGGGCACCACCUUGAAAUGCACUAUUAUAAGAACACUUCCCACCAAGACCAAGACCAUUUUUCCAAGCAAGACCAAGAGGAUGUUUCCCAGGAUCAUGUUUUUAUAGUACUAAGAAUAUUGAUGUACUACUCGUCGUACAACAAGAUGUGCGCGAAAAUAUCUGGAAAGACUCUGUUCCACAGGGGGGGCGAGCUUCUUCGGCUUGUUCCUCGCUGAUGUUAUUAAAAAAACCCUGUCACAGUCAGUCCCCCGACAGAAUCAAAUCUAAAUCGCGACUUAAUGCC